UGCGCGCGGCGCGUGCCCGGGAGGGAGCAAACCCGCCUGUAACCGGCCGGCGGGCGCAUGCGCGGUAGCGGGCAGGGCGGGGAACACACCGGGCUGGCCGGCGCCUGCCCUUCCCCUUCCCCUUCCCCGGCUCAGAGGGGUUUGCAGCAACAUGUGCAGAACUGGGUAAAGUGCUCUUGAAGUCAAGCGGCUUUUGACAAGGGAUUUAGAGAGGAGGAUCAGAGGGUUUCAGCUGUCAGUGUGAAUGUAACGACUGCGAAAGGUGACAUCUUGACAGUCCUGGAGACUGAAGUCAUUUAUCGCUAGAACAGGUUGUCUUACUCCUGCACCCCUCUUGUGUUGCUGCAAUGACUGGAAAGUCCCUGCUUUUAAAGGUCAUUCUCCUGGGGGAUGGUGGAGUUGGGAAAAGUUCCCUCAUGAACCGUUACGUCACCAACAAGUUUGACUCGCAGGCUUUCCACACCAUAGGGGUGGAGUUCUUAAACCGCGAUUUGGAAGUGGAUGGACGUUUUGUGACCCUCCAGAUUUGGGACACAGCAGGGCAGGAGCGUUUCAAGAGCCUGCGAACCCCCUUUUACAGAGGAGCAGACUGCUGCCUGCUGACCUUUAGUGUAGAUGACCGCCAGAGCUUUGAGAACCUGGGCAACUGGCAGAAGGAGUUUGUCUAUUAUGCAGAUGUGAAGGACCCUGGCCACUUCCCAUUUGUGGUCCUCGGCAACAAGAUAGACAAACUUGAGAGGCAGGUGACCACAGAAGAGGCCCAAGCAUGGUGUUUAGAAAAUGGGAAUUACCCUUACCUGGAAACCAGUGCCAAGGAUGACACCAAUGUGGCAGUGGCCUUUGAGGAAGCUGUGCGGCAGGUGCUGGCUGUGGAGGAGCAGCUGGAGCAUUGCAUGUUGGGGAACACUAUUGACCUGCACAGCAGUUCCAAAUCAGGAUCUUCAUGUUGUUAGGAGUCACCUGGGGAUUGUACCCAGGACUGAGUGUUUAAACAGAACACGUGCAAAUGGCUCUUGGGCAUGCUGAGGUAUGCAGACAGAAAGGACAAUGGGUGGGGUAACUGGCUGUAGGAGUCGCAGCCUUUCUAGCUGAAUAACAGUUGGAGUCUAUGGGUGUGAAGAAAAGGAUUUAGGGGAGAGAUCUAGUUAGGUGCAUUUGGAAGUAGUUCUCCCCUCCCCUUCCUUCUUGCUAACAGAUCUAAGGAUAGGGUUAAUCUGAGAGGGUUGCAAAUUAUGGUCUGUGCCAAGAUUUAGCCACAAAAUGAGACUUGCGGAGUGCUAGACAUUCCCCACAUUAUUUUAUUAAUGAACUGAAAAGUACUAAGCCCACUAACCUCUGCUGCACCUCAUGACUGUACACUGCCAAAGUAAGGUUUGAUCAGUUUGCUGCAAAUAAUAAAACCAAAUGGGAAGAUUUCAGCCUUGAAUUGGCAUGAGGGUGCCAAGUACAGGAAUGACUGACAUAGUUCUGUUGCUUAGGUUAAUCCCCUGGCAUCCUGCCCUGCCCUAGUCUUUCUGACCCUCUCAAAAGAAACUUGCUGUGUGGUAGAAUGAUGCUAUGAGUGCAUCACACUGGAAAGUAACAAUAUUCCAAUAAUUGGAAGAACAGGGUAUGAGGGAGUGGAGUAUGUUUGAAUGUUGCAGCCUUAAUUCUAGACAGCUGCCUACCAUGGUCAGUUUUCUUCCCAUAUCUAACUUUGCUCCGUAUGGAUGUUACUUUCCUAGUGUGACUAGCCUCCUCCUAGUUUGUGUGCGCCCUUGGUUUUUUUUUUCUGAGGCUCAACACUAGAUGGAGCUGCUCACCUUUUGGGUGAAACCGGGCAAAUCCUACCUCGCUCACAGUCUCAAUGUCUUGCCUGUGAGGAAGGCUUUAGAAUGAAUGUGGAGGACAGUGGACUCUGUGUGACUCUUUCGUGGGUCUCUGUGCCAUGUAAUUACCAACAGAUCAUGGCCUCAGCUACAGGCUCCUACACUGUCGAUGGACUGAAUGACAACUCCUAGAAGUGCAGAUGACUGGGCCUGUAAAACCACCCUUUCGUAAGUGCGCUGGUGUAGCGGCCCUGGUUCUGGCUGUGCUUUGUUAGCCCAAGGGUCACGGUUUUAAGCCACUUCAAGUCAUCUCAUUUAAUCUGGAUGCUGCAGCUCUGAAUCAAUUAAAUCUGCUCUCUGCAGGACCUAAGAGCAGCCAGGAUACUGGGAGUUAAUUGCUGGUGAGGAGGACAGACCUAACAGGUGUCUCAUUGCACUGUCCUGUUUUCUCCAAAAGGGUGAGGAGUUCAGUGAACUCCACAUUUACUGCAGUCUUAGUGAUCUGGUUGAUAGAUUUGAGUGGUAGGGAAGCCAUUUCAGCUAAUUGAAUCUUCCUUACCCGGAUGACUGGCUCCAGUCAGUGGGGAGGAGCUCUGGGCAGCCUCAAAAUGGCUGAAAAUCAACAUUUUGUAGAGAAAACAUAUUACAAAUAAACCCGGGGCUUUGCUAACCCAGGGCCUGUAUGUGGCUACCAGUCUCAAGCUAUCCAUCUGUAGCAUUGGGAUCAGUGCUUGCUUGCUACUAUGUAUUCUGCAGAUUUAUGCUCUGUUUAUCCAAGAUUAUGUUCUGAUGACUGUCUGUAACUGUAGAGAGGCCUGUCUCCGGAGAGCUCCCCUGCAGUCAUCUCAAUGGUGAGGAGCGCAGCCAUCAUGGGCACAGUUGAUCCCAGGUUCCCCUGUGUGAGCCUUGAUAAGUCUCACAGCUCAAAUACAGCAGCUUUGUUAACUUUGUCUGCUGGACAAUGGAAGUUAGUCUCAGUUGCCUCUAAGGUCCUGCUCUGCAGGGGGAGUGUGUACUUUGCAUUAACACAAGAUAAGUCCCCUCUCUCUGCAGGGCAAUAAAGUGGAAGUGAUGAUAGCUGCAAAGGUACUAUAAGGGUGGGGCCUAAUUUUAGUGAUGUUGGGCACCUGCAACUCCCAUCGACCUAAAUGGGGCAGUGCUUGAUGCUUUUGGAAAAUCAGACCCAUGGUGUUGACCGGGGUGCCCUGCUUCUCCCUAGUUACACUUUGCUUAUACUAUUUUUAUUUAGCAAUCUUGGAUUUCCACAGGCGCCCCCAGAGGUACUAAGGGCCUUGCUUUCAUUGUAAUGGUACUGGAUAAUUGCAGUGGAAAUUCUAUGACCCAAACUCUGUUUCCUAUAGUCCUGGUUAAAGACUUAGUGUAGACAAAUUUGGGAACCAUGUUUAAAAGUUAUUCCAGUUGAGCCAGUUUCUAAGAUGAUCCAGUGUGGAUGGGCUAAAAGGUGUUAGAAUGUUUAUAAAUCAUAGUGAUGGAGCCUAAAUGUAUUUAGUCCAGUUAGGCCAGAUGUUAAGUGAAGCCCCUUUCUUUUUGACCAUGCUACUUUUCCAGCCUAGUUAUCGCAUGAUCUGUCUGAGCAUCGACCCUUUCCACAAAAGAGUACAAUUACUGUGAACAAGCUGUGAUGUGUGAGGGAGAAUGCACAGCAGUGUAUCUUCCUGUACUUUGGGUGCUUGUUGACGCUUAUGGCUGAAGCUUGAAAACCUUCACCGUAUGUGAACUGUGCAUAUAGGUUUACUAGCUGUCUGUAUAAUCCUGGAGUGUGUUAGUGUCUUUCGUUUAUUUUUAACAAACUAUAUGGUUUAAUUUUUUAAAAAGCUGUAUGUAUGUAAACUCCAUUUUUAAAAACAAGUACAGUAUUUUCUGUGUAUUCAUUUAAUUUAUUUUCAACCAAUGCGCACACACUUCCUGGGAGAGCCAGGAUCGUGAAUUCUUCAUUAAAGGUCGAUUGCCAACUGCUUGUCUUGGCUGGCCCCUCCUUGACACUGUCUGCUGCGAUUGCUGCUGCUAAGAAACUGGGGUUGUAAAACUGAUAGUUUACCUUGAUUUUAACCAAUAAAACAUGGAUGUAUAAAGUGAA